GAAUCGGUUGUUUUCUGGUGCUUCGCGCGUUGGCGCGUUUUUAAUUGCUUGCGGUUCAGUACGCUCUACUUGCAGUAGAGCAGAAGCUUCUUCGUGAAGUGUAAUGUUUGAGAUGGAAACUACAGUUUUACAUCAGGUGAAGUUGUGCUUACUUCGCUACCGGACAUUUAUUUUUUCCGUUUAAUGUGAAUCUGUAUAUAUGCCCGUUGCGGACCGUUAAGCCUACCGACCAUGGACUUUGACGACACAGACUCUCUCGUAAGUUGGACACUGUCCGUGUUCGGCGAACUGCCCUUCGACCUCCUUGAGGAGACGUGGGUCAACGCGGCCUGGGAGAACAGGUACACUGACUUAAGUCUCCCCGACGUUGACUUGUUGGAAGCUGUUGAGGGAAACAGCCAUGCCCUCUUGGAGGCGUUAUCGACUGCGUGCGAGGUGUGCCAGAAGUGGUCUUGCGUCUCGGACCCUGACGCAAACGUAGGCGAAGAAGACAGCAGUGACGACAAGUUGUGGAGAGCGCUUAUGGACAAUGGAGUUCAUUACAAGGCGCUGCUUGGCCUGGUAUACGUGGGAAUCGGCCAGGGUAACUUGUCAGGCGCCGCGCUCGUGAAGAAGAAGAUAGCCUUGCGCUUUUCUAAGCUCUACUUCAAUCUAGUGCUUGUGCCGGGAAGCUCGGCGUACAGAAUUUUUCAGGAGAGCCUGUUCCAAAGCGCCAUCCAGUGUUUUCGUCUUCCGAGCAAGAACACCAAUCUGAGCGGAGAUGGAUCCAGAAACGCGUCGCAGAGCGGGAGUGCGAGAGGCGGCGGUCGUGGUAGGAAAAAGCAGUCAGCCACCCCUGCCGAAGACGCCGACGGCAAUGAGAGCACGACUGUCGAAAGCGAGACGAUAUCGGAGUCGAUGCUCCUCGACUUCAUGACCUGUAUGACCGAUUCGCUGAGGGACCUCGUUUGGGCUCUGCAGACGUUCAGCCUGCGCUCCUACGGUGAGGUGACGGACUUCCUCAUCCAGCACAUGUGCGAACUGGUGCAGCUCGACAUUCCGGGUGCGGACGUGCGUUUCAACAUCGGCGUGGAGCAGCAAUUCCGCGCCUGCCACUACCGCCAGCUGACCUCGUACGCUUACUGCGCGCUCAAGCUAGUGUGCCUGCCGCACCACGGGGAGCCCGCAGACAACUUUCGGACCAUCGCCAAGAGCCUGAUGCCGCACGUGCUCAUGCUGGCCGCCGGCAAUGCGCAGUCUGUGACCCGGCCCUUCACGAACAUCCGGGACAACGCGGUCGCCUUCGUCUGUCACGUGUUGCAGACGUGCGACGACACCCUCAAGGAGAGCUUCCAGGACGUGGCCAUCAUACUGAUCCACAAUCUCGCCUUCCACGCUGUAGACCGAACCGACUUCAGGCUGAAGACCGCGCACGCCGUGCUCAUGAUCAUGGGCGAGCUGACGGAGGGGCGCUUCCAGCGCGCCGUCCAGUGGUUCAUCAAGCUCACAAUGGUGCCACUGGUCAACCGUCGCAUUUUCGCCCUUGAGAUGAUCUUGGCCCUCAUAUGGGACGAGCGGGUGGUUGACCAGCGGUCGGACCUGCUGCUAGCUGCCAUGAAGCGCUGCAACGACAAGGCAGCUACGGUCAAGACCAAGGCACUGUCCGUGCUUGCGAGUGUAACGAGCGAACAGCACGACCUGUGGACGCCCCUGCUUAAGGUGUGCAACCCGGUCGAGCCUGGACACGAGGGCGAAGGAGAACAGGUGGCCGUUGAGGACGACCGGCUCUCCCAGCUCAUGGAAAUGCUCAAGUAUCGGGCUGAAGACUCUAAGGUCAAUGUGCGCAAAGCAGCACUCUCUCUGCUGCAGAAUGUGCUCUGUGCCAGCAAUGACUUUAUCAAGGCGGAGUAUGUGGAGAUUCUGAAGGAAAGCUGCCUGGACCUGACUUUGCUGGUGCGUAAGCAGGCGCUUUACUCUUUGACCAAGUGCCUGCGCGCACACCCAGAGGAGGAGCUGCUGCUGCGGCUCUGGUUGGAAGGGGCACUUCCAUUGGUGCUGGAUGCAGAAAACACUGUCAUGGAGAAGGCUGUCGAGGCUGUCGAGGAACUGAUCCUGGGGCCCUUGUGCCUUGCAGCACCGGGGCCCGACUCCAGCCUGGCCUGGCGUUUACUGGCACAGAUAUCUCAAGGGCCAUUCCGUGGACACCACAAGUACCUCCAGCAAGCUGUGCUGCAGCUGAAUCGUGCUGAGAAGUUGCGGCCCAGUCAGCUGAACAUCCUGAAAACUUACGUCGGGGGUCCUAAUGAUGCCUCUGUGUGGCUGCUGCUUUCGAAGCUUUCCCUGUACUGUGACCUUGGCCAGGGCAACUUUGCCUUCUCCUAUUGGAAGCAGCAGUGGGAGGAGCUGUCGGAAGGGUCGAAUAACAUGCGGGCCUCCGAUGAGACGACCAACCAUGUGCUCAUUGUCCUCAAGAAAGUGUCUCGCCACUUGUCAUCGAAUUCACUGCGAGAGCUAGUUCAUGACCUCGAGCAGCGGCUAUCCCAGCUGAGUCUCCCCGUUGAGGUUAUUGCCAACGCGGUAGACUGCUUGCAUUGUCUAAGACAUAGCGUGCACAGGGAGCGUCCCGAACUGGGCGAGCGUGCUGUCCAGAUGUGGUGCAAGCAGAUGCUGGACAAGUGCCAAACAUACCUUUCAGAGGUUGUCAUGGGAGCCAAGGGUGAGGACAGCGCAGAGAUGGAAGAACAGCUGGUGCGCCAUCUCGUGCUCCUCGGGGAGGCAGCUCAGCCCGUACCCCGCGCAGUAUCCAGCCAGCUUCACGAACUUGUCCAAGCUUGCAUGACCAGUUUGGGUGGUCCAGAGCCCAUGUCGGAGCCUGUUUCAAGGGAGGAUGCUGCCAUGUCGGAGCCUGAUGCUGAGAAAAGUGAAAUUAAGGAGAAGAAACCAGCCAGGCGAUUUCGGGCUCGACUGCUGGGCGGCGGAAAGAACUGCCUACGAGCCACACGGCGCGUUCGUGCCCACGCAGUGAUCGUGAUGGGCAUGCUCUGCAUACAAAAUGAAAUGCUCGCAAAGACUGUUGUUCCGAUCAUGGGAAAUUCCCUAUCAAGUGCACAAGACCCAAUGAUGCGUGCCAACUUAAUAGUUGCACUGACUGACAUGUGCAAACGCUACGCCGUCCUGGUUGAUCCAUAUCUGCCCAUUGUGACACGGUGCAUUAAAGACUCGGUUCCAGCGAUUCGCAGCUUGGUCCUAACAUGUCUUCUGCAGUUGCUGCAGCAGGAUUUCGUCAAGCUGCACGGACGGCUCUUUUACCGUCUACUUUCAGCCCUCAUUGACGAAGACCGAGGGAUCCGCGAGCUGGCAGAGUUUGGGCUUGUGGACUGCGUGCAUAAACGGAAUACGCAUGUCUUUUACCACCGGUUUGUAGAGUGCCUGUGCUACUUCAACUCUUACCGAGGUUGCAGUGGCCAGGCGUCGCAAGAAAAUGUUGUCGAGACGACCGAGCGGGACCGACAACUGUUCAGCCUUGAAGGCGAAGGGCGGCGGGACCAGCGUAUGGGGUUGUACCGCUUCAUGUUGCUCAACAUGCCAGAUGAAGAUAGGUUCAAGCUGACCCUUGCACUGACCCAGAGUGUGCUCGUGCCCUGUUCGGACGAGAUGAACAUAGGCCCCGGCAUGGAAGAGGAGUGUCCCGAGCUGCUGCACGACACAUUGCGGGUGUUGUGCUCUGAAGAGAUCAAACUGCAGACCAUUGCAGCUGCGGCUGAGGAAGCAGCUACAGAGGAGGACCCUGCCCAGGCCUUGCUACACACGACGCGCAAAACAAUACUCAGCAGUGUGGUGCGGGAGAAUUUGGUGGAGAACAUGAUCCCCGUAGUCAUCAAUCUCAAGAACAAGUUGGAGGCCGCCCGGUCACCCCUCCUGCGGUCACUGCUCAUGUUCCUGCGCGAGAUAAUGCGCGACUACAAGGCGGAGGUCAAGGAGAUGCUGUCGGCGGACAAGAAGCUGGCCAGUGAGGUUGCCUUCGACAUGCGGCGCCUGGAACGGGAGGAAGAGGAAGAGGCCGCUGCAGACGGCCACCCAGCCACAACGCCAAAGACGCCGGCACGCGCCGCCAACCCGGAGCUCAGGGAACUGCUUGACACGGCUCGUAAGCUCAAAGAAGCAGCCAUCAAACGGCGUUCUAUUGUAGUGCUGCCAGAAGUGGCAUCCGACGAAGGAAAUGCACAGCAACAGAAUGGCAAUGGCGACGCCGUAACUGAAGCAGACACCGAUUCAUUUUCCGCCACAGGAAAUGGCGCCAAGAAUAAUCCUCCGGAUUCAACCGCUGCCACAGGGAAUGGCAUAGAGAACAACCCUCCGAAGGAAGCAGCUGCCGAAAAGUCGGCUUCGAAAUGCACACCUGGCAGCACACGGAAAAUGAGCCUGGCUACCAUGUUAACUAGCCUCAAAUCCAAAAAAUGUGUCUUGAGAGCCACUCCGACGGGACGGGCAAAUAACUCAUCACAUAGCAAAUCAACAAUAUCCACAACGAGAAAGUCUUCUUGCCAUGCCACGCCACUGAGGGGUUCCAAGAGUUGCGCCAACAAGUCGGCACGAAAGGAGCUCGCGAUGGACCUAGCUAAUUGCGAAGCAAAAGAGCAGGCGAAAGGAGGAGAUGUUCCGAUGGAAGACGUUGCACCGGAUUCCCCGCUGUCGCGUUGUUCCAGUUUAUCAGAUGUCAGCGACGUCAGUGUGCUGUCCAACGACGGCGCCACAGGUAAAGCAAAGGAAAGACUGAGAAAGAGCAGACAGACUCGAGCACUUCCUUUGGAGGUUCGCAUGUCGGGAAGGCUUCGUUCACCGAGGAGGCGGUUUCCAAUCGAACUUGGUGAAACCGACUCACCACCAAAACAAAGCUCACCACCACAAAACUUGGCACCGCCAGUAACCAAUUCACCGGUGUGUUCAGAGGUGGAUGGCGGUGAGUUUAAAAAGCCAGCAAAGACCUUGCAGUCUGCGAAGAAACUUGUUCGAUCACCAUCUAGCCCAAGUGGUACUUAGAGCAGCACGCUUGCGCGUGGUGAGCAAACAAGGAGGCUGGGCAAGUCUCCCGAUAUCAGUGUUAUUAAAUGACGUGCACAUGUUACUUCAUGACUUCACCGCCAAAACAUAAAACAUAUGUACUUUUAUCAUGAAGUUGUAUUUAUAUUUCAUUAUGAUUGUUUAAUGAUAUAUAUAUAGAAUGCACAAGUGACCUGCUCAUGUUAAUUUAUAACUUCACAGCAGGAACAUAAAGAAGCAUAUUUACACCAUCUUCAAGUUGUACUUUUAACAUUUUAUUACGACUGUUUAAUAACAUGCCGAAAGCAUUUGUAUGUAUAUUUAUUUUCGACAAAUAUUAAAAGAUGAUGAAUGACAA